AUGUCACCGCAUCGGAAGAACAGAAACGUCAAGGGAACACCACAACCUCCUGAAUAUGUGCACCACACUAUGCUGCGCGUACCGACCCCAGAGACAACGCUGGAAUUUCCAGUCAAUAUAGGUCGCAUGAGUAUCUGCCCGGUCUGGAAGAACUUGAAGUCUUUGAGAAAGGGCAAAAAGCUCGAAAUAAAGGGCCUCGAUUUCAACGACCGGAAAGCAAAAAGAGCUAUCGAGAUAGUCCUUGGGCUUGUCCACGGCGACGAUGUUCUGGUUGAUUGUCGUGGCGAUCCUCGUCUGCUGCUCUACAUGACCGAAGUGCAUAAAGCUCUGGGAUCGCCUCAGUGCACCUACCACACGGAGCAUAGACUUGAACCGGGCGGUUCUGGUUAUUCUUUUUUCUUCCGCGGUAUCACAAACGUUAUCUUCGACGUCGGUAGAGAAGAAAAGUAUCUAUACCGUGUCAAGGACUGGCUGCUGCUUGCUUUAGUUGCUGACCGGAUCGAUCUUUAUUCUGUGAAGAUGUUGGUUCGCAAUAAUCUAGUUCUUUUCUGCAGGUCGGAACAGAAGAGUUUGCCCGAUGAGAUAAAAGACUCUAUUGGAGAUGAAGAGUGGGCGAAGUUGCAAAGUCUGAAGAUGGUUGAUAACGCCAUGUUGGAAAUGCGCAAGCGUUACGUUGAUACGAUAUUCAAGUGCCUUCGUCUUCUAUCUCACCAGCUCGAGAAUUUUGAAAAGGGGGUUCUGCUCAAUGAAGAUGACUUUGAUACAUAUCGACAAUACAGGGUGGCACCAUGCUCAAGGUGUCGGACACUCUCCUCCUACGAAUACCACCGAGAGCUCAGGGCGUCACGUCUCUGGCCUCUGUCCGCCAGUUCGUAUGGGGAUCGUGUCAUCGACCUGAUACACGCCAUAUACGACAUGGAAGAGAACACAUUGUUUAGAGAACACUGUAACCAACUCUCUCACCUUUACGACCAUGUGCGGCGUCUCUGCUGCAAGGAACCCUUGAUGUAG